AGUCUGGUCCUAAAUAUCAGCGCCUCCUGAAAUUUUGACAAACAAACUCUCUCAUCGAGAUCAUGAGUGGACGCGGCAAAGGAGGAAAAGGACUCGGCAAAGGAGGCGCCAAGCGUCACCGCAAAGUGCUCCGUGAUAACAUCCAGGGAAUCACCAAGCCCGCCAUCCGCCGUCUGGCUCGCCGCGGCGGAGUCAAGCGUAUCUCCGGCCUCAUCUACGAGGAGACUCGCGGUGUGCUCAAGGUGUUCCUGGAGAACGUCAUCCGUGACGCCGUCACCUACACCGAGCACGCCAAGAGGAAGACCGUCACCGCCAUGGACGUGGUCUACGCUCUCAAGAGGCAGGGCCGCACACUGUACGGCUUCGGCGGUUAAACCCUGGAACCUGAACGCAACGCGACGCUGAAUAACGCAACGGCUCUUUUAAGAGCCACACACCGAGUCUGUAAAGAGCUGAUUAUCUUCAUUGUUAUGCAAUUUUAAAUAGAUGCACGCAGUAUAUGUGAUUCUCUAGCAUAAUAUUCUGUAUCUGCAGUUAAUGUGAAAACAUGAUGUAAUUAAGAAUAUCUUGAAUAAAGAAAAUACGCAAAUUA